GGCCUAUAAAGUGGACGUCACUGCUCAGAGUCGGAGAUUGAAGAGCAUAGUUUGCGAAAUCUGGGAGGAAUUAGUUGACGAAGACACAUGAAACCCAUCUCUCUUUUCUUCCUCCUCCUCCUCCUCUGCCUUCUCUCGAUUGGCACAAUCAGCCAUGGAAGAAAGGAAGCAGGAGACUAUUGGAAGAGCAUAAUGAAGGACCAACCCAUGCCAGAUUCAAUCAAGAGUCUAUAUUUUCAACAAAAUCCGAGGAUUCCUCUCUCGGAUAAAGAGAAUGCGAACAAGUUUGUCAAAGAUUUCGAUGUGGGACGUAAUGCCAUCAUAUAUCACAGUCGUCGUUGGGACGACCAUAAUGUGGAGAAAGUUCACAUCAAGGACUACAAGCCGAAGCUCAUGAAAGAAGAGAAAGUGUCUGUCGAAUAUGGAUCAAAAUAAGAGGGCUCAGCUCAUGCUUGGAGUAGCAAAUAGUGUGCUUAUUACUAGUGCACAAUAAAUCAAUAAUGGCUAAUCUUUUUCUUUCAGUUUUAAUUAAGGUGUUUUUUUUAA